GGGUCAUAUUGUUAUUACCAUUCUAAACACGUUUAGCACUUUCAGUGAGUCUAUUGCACGUAUUUUAUUGGAAAUGGCAAAGGGAAUAUACACACAGGGUUAAAACUAUGUGAAAAGUAAUUAUUGUAGUAAUUUAUGUUUUCACUAAUUGGGGAAGAUCUCAGUGUCGUAUUGAAGAAAUUAAAACGUAUCCAAAGACUUCCUUCUCAACCAAGUCAACAAACUCACUUUUAAAGUCGAUAUGUGGUAAAGGUGAUGGCAACACGCCAUCUCACUUGUUCUAAAGUUCAACAUCAGCUGCACGCGCCAUGGUAUAUGAGGAGUCGGAGUGACUUUUCUCCAGAACAAUAAUGGCCACGUACUCUCGGCUCCCGGGAUCCGUUGCUCUGAUAACGCUUCAGAAUCCACCUGUCAACGCGCUCAGUGCAGCGGUGCGACAGGGCAUAGUAGAUACGGUGCAGAGGGCCCUGAAGGACCCAAAGGUGACAUCUGUAGUGAUCUGUGGACAGAAUGGGAAGUUCUGUGGAGGGGCGGACAUCAGGGAGUUUGCGGGGCCGAUGUUGGGGCCCCCCCUGGUGCCCAUGAUCCAUGCUAUUGAGGCUGUGGACAAGCCUGUGGCGGCAGCCAUCGAGGGAGUAGCACUGGGAGGAGGACUGGAGUUAGCACUGGGCUGCCACUAUCGCAUUGCACACUCCAAGGCCCUUCUAGGACUUCCAGAGGUGACCCUGGGUCUGCUGCCAGGCGCAGGGGGGUCACAACGUCUACCCAGACUCAUAGGGUUAACAGCUGCCCUGGACCUCAUCACUACAGGUAGACAACAUGACUCAUCCUUUUUUUCCUCUCAUGGGUUAGGGAGAGACCCGAUGUUUCAACGUUGUGGACCAGUGCCGUGGCAGUUCGUCCGGAGAGUUGCAGGCCAGUCCCUGGACUCCCGUCGUCUGAGCACCCUGCCCUGCCCCUGCCCCCCAGACGUUGACUCCCUCUUGGACAAAACCAUGGUAAAGGUCCGGCAGCGCUCCCGAGGUGCCCUGGCUCCGGUGGCCUGUGUUCAGGCUCUGAUGGCGGCUGCCUCCCUACCUUACACCCAGGGUAUGGAGAAGGAGAGGGACCUGCUGACCACCCUGUUCAACAGCGGCCAGGCCCGAGCUCUGCAGUAUGCCUUCUUCUCCCAGAGGGUGGUGGGGAAGUGGAGUCUGCCUAGUGGGGCGAGCUGGGACAACAGUGCUGCCAGGACCAUCAGCAAAGCUGCUGUUAUUGGUCUGGGUACCAUGGGGCGUGGCAUCGUUGUGGCACUGGCUCUGACGGGCAUCUCUGUGGUUGCCGUGGAGACACAGGAAAAGCAGCUGGCAGAGGCCAGUCAGGUGGUUCCGGCGAUGCUGCAGAGAGAGGCGGGGCGGCGAAGCUUGGCCACACCCCCAGGGGUUAUCUCCUUCAGCUCUAAUUUGCAGGACGUUUGUGAGGUGGAGUUGGUGAUCGAGGCGGUGUUUGAGGACAUGUCCCUGAAGCUGCAGGUGUUUAGGCAUCUGACCUCUGUGUGUAGACCUGGGACCCUGCUCUGCUCCAACACCUCUGGCUUGGACAUCGACCGGCUAGCUGCCGUCACCCAGAGCCCUGGCCUGGUGGUGGGGAUGCACUUCUUUGCUCCGGCCCACGUCAUGAAGCUGCUGGAGGUGGUGUAUGGUCCACGGUCAUCUCCGGAGGCGGUCGCCACGGCAAUGCAGCUGGGCAAGAGGAUGGGCAAAGUCAGCGUCGCCGUGGGCAACUGUCCGGGGUUUGUGGGUAACCGGAUGUUGAAGCCGUACCUGGAACAGGCCAACUUCCUGUUGGAGGAAGGAGCCACGCCCCAGCAGGUGGACGAGGUGCUGGAGGAGUUUGGAUUCCCCAUGGGCGUGUUCCGGAUGUCUGACCUAUCAGGGCUGGAUGUGGGCUGGAGGAUCAGGAAGGAGGCAGGGCUUACAGGGCCAGGGGUGGAGUCAACCAGGACACGCCAGGGCCGACGGUACAGCCCGCUACCUGACCAGGUGUGUGAGGCAGGCCGGCUGGGCCAGAAGACGGGGAGGGGAUGGUACCAGUAUGACGGGCCUGGAGGCAGGGUGGCGCGGUCCGACCACUGGGUGAACAUCUUCCUGGAGGCUUACAGGGCGGAGCACGGCCUGGUGGCCCGGAGCAUCGCCCCGGAGGAGAUCCUAGAACGCUGUCUCUACGCUCUGAUCAAUGAAGGCUUCAACAUCCUGCAGGAUGCCAUGGCCGCCGGGCCGGAAGACAUCGACGCCAUCUAUGUGUUUGGAUACGGCUGGCCCCGGCACCACGGGGGACCCAUGUUCCAUGCAGGCCAGGUGGGAUUGGGCAGGAUCCUGGAGAGGCUGCAGCACCACCACCACAACCACCCUGACGUGCCUCAUCUGAAGCCCAGCACGCUGCUGCGGAGGCUUGUCGCAGUGGGAAGUCCUCCGGUCCAGAAGUGGAGAGAGUUCAUCAACAAAGAAAGAGUACACAGUCAGCUCUGAGAUGCCCCAGCCUCACCUGUCAAUGCAACCCUGUGAUUUAAUAAUAAAGUCUCACAUUAGAGAUACGCCCAGGGAUUUCUAGGGUAUCAGUGCCUUCCCCACCAUCAGCAUGUGUGCCAAGUAUCUUAGGAAAUGUGAUCUACUGUAAUAAAUACAUUUUCUAUAAUACAUUUUCUCAUGCUUUCAAAAUAAUACCCACUGACACAUUUAUGGAGGGUUGGUUUUGUGUUUAAUUGGGGUAAGUUGGCUUAAUAUUUGACUAGAUUUAGCUGAACAGAGAACUGGGUAUUUUGACAAGUCAUACUCAUAACUUAAUAGUGUUCUCCACAUGUCAGUGGGGUUUAGCCUUUGGCUGUUGGCAUUUCAUUCACCCUCCUGUCAAAAUGAAUUAACCAGACAUUAUUCUGCCUUUACCGGGGUGGAGAGAGGUCCUGAUGCAGACUGAAUCUGCAACCAGGCCUUUGUCUCUUAGCCGUGGAGAACCAGCCUAAUCGCUGGCUCAAUUCAAUCAAAACCUGUGUCCAAUGGUCAAAUGAACUCAGACUGGUCUUAGGCACUGUGUAAAAACCUACAACUACUACCAGGGCGACCCCACCCCCCAACAGGUAUGCUUUCACUUUUCAGAAUUAGAAGUGUGUGGGAUGAAUAUUGUAAAUAAAGACAUUGCUAUGGCUGGUUUGAAUGAAUCCCAGCCAUCACUUCUA